GGCCCGGACGAGGCAGGAAAAGUUUGCAGAGUUUUCCGCUCUUUUUUGUGUGUUUUGUUUUGGAGGCGGCUCCGAGCGGUGCUGGGUGGUUGGCGACGGCAGCAUGGACGCCCUCAAGUCCGCCGGGCGGGCCAUCAUCCGGAGUCCCAGCAUAGCCAAGCAGAACUGGGGCAGCGGCAGGCACAAGAAGCUUCCAGAAAACUGGACAGACACCAGAGAAACCCUGCUGGAGGGCAUGCACUUCAACCUGAAGUACCUAGGUAUGACGCUGGUCGAGCAACCCAAAGGAGAAGACUUAUCGGCUGCUGCUGUCAAAAGAAUUGUUGCAACGGCAAAAGCCAGCGGGAAGAAACUCCAGAAGAUCACCUUGAAAGUGUCUCCCAGAGGGAUAAUCCUCAGUGACAGCAUAACGAAUGAGCCAAUUGAAAACAUCUCAAUAUACAGGAUAUCCUACUGCACGGCCGAUAAGGCGCAUGACAAAGUGUUUGCCUACAUUGCCCAGAGUCAGCACAAUGAGAACCUGGAGUGCCAUGCCUUCCUCUGCCCAAAACGGAAAAUGGCCCAAGCCGUCACCCUCACGGUCGCUCAGGCGUUCAAAGUGGCGUUUGAAUUCUGGCAGGCAUCCAAAGAAGAAAAGGAGAAGAGGGAAAGAGCCCUGUUGGAAGGAGAAGGAGACAUCAGCCCACACUCAGAAAACUCAGCCUCCUCGAAAGGCUUGGUCACCACAGGGAACCUGCUAGACCUGGAGAACGUCGCCAGAACUCCUUUGACUGUGAACACAAACUCUUUGCCUUCAGACGACGGCAUCUUCCAUGUGCCUUCAUCAGAAAACAACAACAUAGUGUGGGCAAUGGACGAUGGACUGGAUGAAGCCUUUUCAAGAUUGGCUGAGUCUCGAACUAACCCCCAUGUCCUUGACAUCGGCUUGACUGCUCAGGACAUCCAGACCACCGAUAUUCUCUCGCCCACCGACUGGGACAAAGUCGAUUCCACAACAGUCGAAAAAGAUGACAACCUCUUUGGCUUCUGAAGUCCUCUGUCUUUUGCCUAGCAAGCUUUCGGGUUCAAAUAACCACUAAACAUAAGCAGACUUUGUAUGCACUGCAUUCUGGGUGAUUUAACUGGAGAUGGUUCACUCAGGGGAGGAGCAGUACGCUUGGUUCCAAUGGACUCUGUUGUGACACCCAGCAACUCUUCACACCAAAGCUUCCAAUACUUAAUAGAUCUUUUUUAUAUAUAAUUGUGUGUGGGGGGGGUGUCUUGUAUCUAUGUCACAAGAUGCUCCUUGAAUAUAUUUAUUCAAGAACCCCUUUUGGUUUACAUAUAUUAUGGAAAUUUUGUAGCUUCAUUUAACAUAACAUUACAGUAUUAGGUUGCUUUUCCCAUUGGAAUAUCCUCAGCAGACGACACCUGUGUCUUGUGAGGGAGACCAAAGUAAUCUGAAAUAUGUUCUUUUUCUUUUUCCUAGAAGAUAGUAAUAAGUUAUCCUGGGGUGGUACAGAGAAGCCAAGUUGGUGACUGCCUGAUUAGUUUCAGUUGGGGAGGGAGGUUGGGGUACCAUGAGAUUAUGUGCUGAUUCAUUAUGAGAGGCAAGAAAAGGGUAGUGUAUGUGCUCAAGAUUGCUACAGCACAGACAUUGUCUCCAGAUUUUGAUGCAAUAAUUCAG